AUGGGGGCUCUAACAAAAAUAACCACCAAUAUCUAUGCUAUUGGUGCUUUUGCAUCUAUUGCUGGUAUCAUGUUUGGUUUUGAUAUCGGUUCUGCCUCUGGUGUAAUCGGUACAUCACAAUACAAGGAAUUUUUCAAUCAUCCCGAUGCCUUGUUGCAAGGUGGCAUCAACGGCGCCCUUUCAGCUGGUUGUUUCGUAGGUGCUCUUUUCGCUGGUUAUCCUGCGGAUAGAUUCUCUCGUAAAUUCACCCUCAUCGGUGCUUCUUUUCUCUUUGUCAUUGGUUCUGUUUUCCAAGCUGCUACUAAUGGUGUCCCUUUGCUUUGUGUCGGCCGUGUAUUGAACGGUUUGUCUGUCGGUAUCACCUCUAUGGUUGUUCCCCUUUACCAGUCUGAGGUAGCUCCCAAGGAGAUUCGUGGACGUCUUGUAGCUAUCCAGCAAUGGAGUAUUACAUGGGGUAUCUUCAUUUCCUUCUGGAUCCAGUAUGGCUCUCAAUUCAUCCCCAACACCGCCGCCUUCCGUAUUCCAUGGGGCGUCCAAGCACUUCCUGCCGUGAUUCUCUGCUGUGGUAUGUGGGCAUUCCCUCACUCUCCUAGAUGGCUCGCUGACAAGGGUCGUAUGGAAGAAGCCAUGCAAGUUCUCGCUGAUAUCCACGGUAACGGUGACAAGAGCCAUCCUCGUGUUCUUCUCGAAAUCGAAGAAAUUCAAGCCACCAUCCACUUUGACAAGAACGUUGCCUCUCACCGCUAUACUGACUUGUUCAAGCCUGGCAUAGCUUACCGUGUCUCUCUUGGUGUCUGUCUUCAAAUCUGGCAGCAAUUGACUGGUAUGAACAUUAUCAUGUUCUACGUCGUCUUUUUGUUCAAGCAAGCCGGUAUUGGAGAUUCUCAAGAGGCCACUCUUGUCUCAUCUGGUGUCUCUUAUGUCGUUAACGUUGUUAUGACCGUGCCUGCUAUCCUUUUUGUUGACAAGUGGGGUCGUCGUCCUACUUUGAUCUUUGGUGCUCUUCUCAUGUCUACCUUCUUGUGGGUGGUCGGUGGUGUCUUGGCCACUGGUCGCUGGUAUGUUGGUGAAGAUGGUAAAUGGCUCGUUGAUCUUGGAUCCAGCUCCAAGGCCAAUGGUGUUGUUGCUUGUGUCUACCUCUUUGUUGCCUCCUUUGCUACCACCUGGGGUCCUUUGGGUUGGAUUUAUCCCUCUGAAAUCUACCCUCUCCGUGUCCGUGCCAUGGCUGUCUCCUUGUCCACUGCUUCCAACUGGCUGUUCAACUGGGUUCUGAACUUUGUGGUCCCCUUGAUGAUGGAGCGUAUUCACUACGGUCUCUACCUCUUGUUUGCUGCCUUUAACUUUUUGAUGGCUCUUCACGUUUUCAUCGCUUAUCCUGAGACCAAGGGUUACACUCUUGAAGAAAUGGAUAUCGUCUUUGAGCACAACCCUCGCAAGAAGAUUCCUCAAGACGUCAUGGACAAAUGGGUUGAGGACAGAGGUCUUCGUCGUGCUGAGGCCAACGGUGCUGCUGACUCCUUCAGUGAAAAGAAGGCUGAGCUCGCUCACGAUGAAUCCGUCUAA